UUGCUAAGAGUCCUUACACGUUGAAUAAUCGUUAAGCCUUGUGAGUGUUGACCGUUUUUCUUUUGUGACACAAUGAGCUCAGUUCAUGCCGUUUCGGUCCUUCUCUUGUUUCUGCUGUUCUUGCAUCUUUCUGAUUCUCGCCACCUCGACAACGUUCACAUCACAGAUUCUCAGUUUUCACUUGACAAGGAUCAAAAUGGUGUCCCCGGUUUGACAUCUAAAGAACCGGUUAGAGUUUCUAGGAUUGUUCUGGGCGUAAAGAAGAACCACCAUCGUCGGCAGUCGCUCUUAUUUGCAGAUUAUCCAAAGCCGUCCACUCGGCCUCCACGCCAUAACUGAAACCUCUCUCUUUUGUUUUUCAACUUUAGAAGUUUUUUUUGUAUGUGAGAGAGUAAAUAGGUCGUCCGUAAUAGUUCCAUUGUGGAGUAUAUUUUUUGAAGUAUAGAUUCAUGUAAUCAGAGCUGACAAAAUCUAUCUAUUUUCAGUAAGUUUCCCAAAAGAGACGCAUCUAUUUA